CAGAGUUCACACAGCCAGAUACAAMCACRGGAGUUGUUGUAGACGGAAAUGUGUCUUUAGUUUGGGAAGCUGACGGGAACCCCAAGCCCGAGAUCCAAUGUAACGACUCGUUAGCAGAGAAUGUUCGGGCGUCCACUGUGGGGCGCCAGAGGAUCAUUACCAUCACAGGAGCCACGUCUACUAAUGCAGGCCGUUACAUCUGUGUUGCCACGAAUAAAGUUGGGAAAGUGACAAGAGCAACCACUCUGGUGUUACAAGAUAAAUCCACUGACCACUUCCAGUAYUGGUGGGUUUUACUACUAGUCCUGCCAGCCGUUGUAGUUUUGGUACUUGUUUUUAUACUAAGGGGCCGCAAAAAACAUGGACGAUAUAAUUUCCCAUUGCAAGCCAGAUACACUGUAGAGAAUGGGACAACAUAAGCGAAUGGUGAAAGCUUGAGUUGAAGACAAUUAAGCAGCCUGUAAAUAAACGUUAAUACUGUUAAAAACAAUGAUGUGUUAAGAAAUGUAUGCCUGACAGAUAUGUUCGCCAAGAAAUUGAUCUCACAACAACGUCCUUCUUAUGUUAUUCUGUUGUAUUUCAGCUUUUAAAUAGACUUUUAACUCUUUCAUUUCACUGCAUUUGUAUUUUUUUUUCUGUCAUAGUUGGUUCUUGAAUGUGUUAAAAUAUGAGACUUUUAUCAGAGUACACCUUUCAAAAUACUGGAUUAAAAAAAAUUGAGUAAUUUAUGCUACUUGUUUUAACUUGAAACACUGUAUCUCUUUCUGAACUGUUCUUCCUGACUUUAACUACUGGCUAUUAAAAAGAAACUUUCAACWUGCUGAUAUCUGCUGGGAGAAGAGGCUGAAGGAAAUAGAAAUGUAACACUAUCCRAGCCCUCAGGAUGUAACGCAGUUUCCAGGCCCGGCGGGUUUUGUGAGUGUGCUGGCCCUUUAAGGCAGCGCGCUAACUCUGGGAUUUGGGAGUGACGCGGAUACGCGAGCUACUUUGUCCUUCUGUUUCCUUCGCUAUGAAAAAUAUUUGGACUUAUUAGAACAACGGCUACCAGCGAAAGUUKAUUGGUUUAAUUAUGAAGCCGAUUUACACGUUUUGUUAAGAAAACGUGUAAAUCAGUGGAUCGCCCUGGUGUUUACUUGGUGACUGAUCAAGUCGGGAUUGUGUUUGUUUGCGGGCCGUCCGUCCUCCGAGCUGCUGCUGCUGCGGCGGCGGCUGGGAUAACUUUGGAAGAAGUUCUUUGUAUUCAGGAAACAGUUUGGCAAAGAACAUGGACUGGGGCACAGAACUUUGGGAUCAGUAUGACAUCAUAGAGAAGCACACGCAGUCCGGCCUGGAGCUGGUGGAGAAGUAUGUGAAGUUUGUGAAGGAGCGGACCGAGAUCGAGCAAAGCUAUGCCAAACAACUGAGGAAUCUUUCAAAGAAAUAUAACCAAAAACGAAGCAACAAAGACGAGCCAGACUGCAGGCUGUCCAGCUACCAGUCUUUUGUGGACAUCCUGAAUGAGAUGAACGACUAUGCGGGGCAGAGGGAGCUAAUUGCUGAGAACAUGAUCAUGAGCAUUUGCAUUGAUCUCACCAAGUACCUGCAGGAACUCAAGCAGGAGCGAAAGACGUAUUUAUUGGAGGCCAAGAAGGCCCAGCAGAGUUUGGAGAGCACCUACAAGCAGCUCGACAGCAGUAAAAAGCGCUUUGAGAGAGAAUGGAGAGAAGCAGAGCGCACAGCACAGUAUGCAGAGAAAACGGAUCAAGACAUCAACGCCACAAAAGCUGAUGUUGAAAAAGCUAAGCAGCAGGCGCAUAUGAGAGCACGCGUAGCUGAGGACUGCAAGAAUGACUACGCUGCUCAGCUUCAAAAGUACAACAAAGAGCAGAGCCAGUUCUAUUUCAAUGACAUGCCACUUAUUUUCAAUAAAUUGCAGGAUUUGGAUGAGAGGCGAAUACGAAAGUUGGGACACGGCUACAUCUUGUUCUCAGACACAGAAAAGAAUGUGAUGCCCAUCAUUGGCAAGUGCUUGGAAGGGAUUACUAAAGCUGGCACUAAUGUCAAUGAGAAAAAUGACACCAUGGUUAUAAUAGAGCAGAAUAAGUCUGGAUUUGAGCGUCCUGGAGACGUAGAGUUUGAAGACUACAGCCAGGGUAUUAACCGAGCCUCCUCUGACAGCAGCCUCGGUACGCCUAAAGGCCCAAUGGACCUUCUGGGGAAGAACAAGAGUAAAAACUUUUGGCUUUUCAAGAGGAGCAAGCUCUCCUCCACCUCCACACUCACUCCUUUCUCCACACCCCCUGCCCCUUCACCUCUUAACGGAGCCCCUUCCCCCAAGUUUGGCCGGGACCCCCUGUCGUACUGUUUGAAGGAGAUCAAUAAGACAGUCAAACCCAGAAUCUCUUCCUUCCGGACACUCAGGAGAUCGAAAUUUACCCCAGACAGGAUCAUGCCUACUGUGACGGAGGACUUCGGCCAUCUCCCCCCGGAGCAGCGCAGGAAGAGGUUACAGCAGAAAUUAGAGGAAAUUUCUAAAGAGCUGCAGAAGGAAGCAGAUCAGAGCGAAGCGCUCGGAAAGAUGAAAGAUGUUUAUGAGAAAAAUCCUCAAAUGGGAGAUCCAGCUAGUCUCGCAACCCAGAUCAGUCAGACGUCUCAGAAUAUAGAGAGGCUCAGAGGAGAGCUGAACAAGUACGAGACUUGGCUUUCUGAAGCAGGUGUUCGGGGGGACACGCUACGAUACAGAGCUCACUCAUUUAACAAUAAUGGAGCUCAUGAAGUUCUUAGUCCUGAUGGCGCACAUUCAGAUGAAAGCACUCCCGACCCCUCUCAAGCUAUUUAUGCCGAGUUUGAUGACGACUUUGAGGAUGAAGAGCCAGUGGCGCCCAUUGGGAAAUGCACAGCGAUGUAUAACUUCCCGGGUAUGUUUUUUUUAUUUAAUCUAAAAUAUGUUAUUUUUACAUAG